UCAUCUUGAUCAUAUGGCCUCAUGUGCCAAAUUUUAACUCUUUCUUCUUCUUCUUCUUCUUCUUCUUCUUCUUCUUCUCAUGUCUCUUUAUUUUAUAUAUAUUUUUUGGCUUAUAUAAGUGUUAUUUGGGGCCAAAUUUUAGAUCAUUCUAUUUUUUUUUCUUACAGUGAAGAAGGGGCCACAAAAGAGAGAAAGAAGAUAGUGAAGUGAAAUUAAGGAGAGUGUCAAGUUUUUUGAGGACAAAGGCUUAAGGUAAAGAAAAAUCUCUGAAGUUAUGGAGAAGAACAUGUCCAAGAACAACACCCUCUUCUCAGGUUGGGAUUUGGGUGAGAAAAAGGGUUCAUCAUCAUCAGAACUAGAAGAACUACAGAAAGAGCAUGAGGAGAAAACAUCAAGAAUUGAAGCACUGAAAAGACAAAUCGAAUCGACAAAGGUUAGAUUGGAGAAGAAGAAGAAGUCAGUAGUAGUGGCUGAAGAGGACAAAAUGGAAGCUUUUAAAACUUUGACUGAGAAAUAUAACAUUAUGAGACAAGAGUACAAUGCUUUGUUGCUUGAGCACUCGGCAAAAUCACUCAAUUGAAAGUCAAAACUCAUCACUAUAGUAGUAGUACUACUAGUUUAAUAUUAAUGUUUAUAUAUAAAUAUAUAUAUGUAUGUAUUUGUACAUAAAUAAUCAAAUAGGAGGAUUAAUUUCCUUUUCUUGUA